GCUCUAUCUCUCCUUCGCAUCUUGCAGAAUCGCUUUCCUUCUUCGAGAUGUGCUAGUAUGGCUUGAACUAUGCAAGAUUUUGGUGCAGACAGCCCGGUCCCGUUGGGUUCUUGCAGUACUGUGCAACAGGCUAGGCCCCCAACAGGUGCGGUGGCAACCAGCACCAACUGCAUACAGACACCGGCACCUACAGUCCUCGCCCAGCCUAGCUGAGUGCCCUUGUUUUCGCUCUUCCGGCCCCUCUUAUAUCAGACAAAACCGCCCUAUUCUCCUUUCGAUCCCUAUGCCUAUUACUCUGGGAUUUCUCGGCGAUCGAUUGCGGUGCUUGGCACCGAGUAGUUCGAGACAUCUGGGCCGGAGUGGCCUCGGAUAGUCAGCCUUCUAGCCUUUGGCGAGGAGUUUGUUUAUAUUUGCAGAAUGGCCCCCGCCGGGUCUCCCAUCCUCCCGCGGGAGUCAGAGUUGGGCACCAGUGGAGAUCUCACAACAGGGGCCAUCGCGGGCAUCGCCUGCGGCGCCGGUGCACUGUUCUUGGGCGCCGGUAGCUUGUUCCUCGUCUACUGGCGGCGACAACGGCGCUUCGACAGGGAAGACAGCCUUUACGAGGAGGCCCUGGAUGAGAGAAGGCCACCAGGUGCCAUGGCCCCAGCCGUCACUUACACGUUGGACUACAAGAUGGACGAUCCACACCACCACGAAGGCGACCAUGGCUCGUCAUACACCUACUCACCGCAAAAGUCGUCUCACCCCGUCUCCACGCUGGGCGCCGUAGAAACCCCUAGCGCAAUGCCCACUCACCCAGCCUACAUCCCUCGGGCUUUUGUCAGGGGCAGCUCUGCACGAGGUGGGUCGACACCCAGCAACCGCUCGACGGCGACAACCUCGCCACCACCAUUCCCAAGUCCACCAUAUCCCGCCUCCUGGACUUCCAAAACCCAGCCGGACGACACCGUGAUCCAGGCGUACCUCAACGUGGCCGCAGCCGCACAGGGUCCCGUCACCGAUUCGACGUCCGGAACCCAGCACCAGGAAAACCUCCCCCCGGAAUCCGACUCAUCCUUCUCCGGCGGUCUGCCCGUCCAACCCCAUCCCUCCAGGACGCGGCAGUCCCCGACCCAGAUACCCGCCGUGGUCAUCCCCUCCUUCGCCUCGCCACCACAUUCAGCCUCCUCCACAGAUGCCACCAGCCACAGCCAAAGCCGAAGAAAACCCCGCGCCUACCUGCCGCCACGGCUCAACCUCCCCGGCGGCGGGCAACAAGACAAGCCGCUGUCAGGGAGAGAGAACACCACCAUCAGCGGGCCGCUGGCCUUCCCGCAGCACUACCAGCGCCCACCACGGGGACGUGGCAGAUCGGGCUGGACACGCGAGGACGGCGGCGACGAUGACGAAGACGUCGACGGUGACGACGCCGGGGUGGGGACGCAGUCGGAUAGCCGACGCACAUUCAGGAGUCGUGCUCUCAGCGGUCGGAACCAAGGAGGAGGAGGUGGUGGUGGUGGAGGAGGUGACGGGAGGGGCGAGAAAGGAAAGAAGCAUGGCCGGAAGAGAUCGGAUAAGCGGAACAGUGGUGGCAAUCGGCAGUAUGCUGAAAUUGAAAUUGGACGGGAUAGUGAUAUUUGGUAGCUCCUCUUUCCCCUAUCUUGGCCUCUUCUCGCAUUCUGUGCGCCCUCCUUUGGUGGAGGUAUAAGGUUGAGAUUGGUUUCUGGGUUGGGUUCGUUCCAAGUUAGGUCAGGCUAGGUUUGGUUGGUUACGGCCGCCGGCGUAUUGGGAUGGUUCCAUGUUUUAGCUCGUUAGGAUUCAGGGUGCAGUACCGGGUGUGAACUUCCACGGUCGCAAGCUGGCUUCUUCUCUGGAGUUCAAGGGCUACACCACUGGAUCUAACUGGCACGCAUACAUUCUGUCCUCUGGGUAGACUACCUGUCUCUCCCUCUAUUAAGACAUAGCUCAGCAACGCCUAGCAGAUAAAUGUAAACCUGGGUAGCGUG